AUGGCGACUCGAACCUCGCCACGAGACAGUCGAGGGCCGAGCCGCCGCCGCUUUCUUCGAGUGCGCGGGGCUAGGAGGGAGCAGCACGUGGAGCACGAGGAGCACGAGGAUCACGUGGAGCACGAGGAGCACGUGGAGCACGAGGAGCACGAGGAUCACGUGGAGCACGUGGAGCACGUGGAGCACGUGGUGCACGAGGAUCACGUGGAGCACGUGGAGCACGAGGAGCACGAGGAUCACGUGGAGCACGAGGAGCACGUGGAGCACGAGGAGCACGAGGAUCACGUGGAGCACGUGGAGCACGUGGAGCACGUGGUGCACGAGGAUCACGUGGAGCACGUGGAGCACGAGGAUCACGUGGAGCACGAGGAUCACGUGGAGCACGAGGAGCACGAGGAUCACGUGGAGCACGAGGAGCACGAGGAUCACGAGGAUCACGUGGAGCACGUGGAGCACGAGGAUCACGUGGAGCACGAGGAGCACGAGGAUCACGAGGAUCACGUGGAGCACGUGGAGCACGAGGAUCACGUGGAGCACGAGGAGCACGAGGAUCACGAGGAUCACGUGGAGCACGAGGAUCACGAGGAUCACGUGGAUCACGAGGAGCACGUGGAGCACGAGGAUCACGUGGAGCACGAGGAUCACGAGGAGCACGAGGAUCACGAGGAUCACGAGGAGCACGAGGAUCACGAGGAGCACGAGGAUCACGUGGAACACGAGGAGCACGUGGAGCACGUGGAGCACGAGGAUCACGAGGAUCACGAGGAUCACGUGGAGCACGAAGAUCACGUGGAGCUCGUGGAGCACGUGGUGCACGAGGAUCACGUGGAGCACGAGGAUCACGUGGGGGCACGAGGAGUGAUCCCUGGGCACGGCGCGACCGCUGCUUUUGAAGGCGGCAGGGCGUGA